UGAUGUUCACUGAAUGCAGGAGCCACAGGCGUCUCAUCUUCCCUUAGAUGUGAUGGAAAGCAUGGGGAUAUAUGAGAGGGCGGGCGAGUCUCAUACCGCAUACUUGAAUCACCUAUGGGAGUGUGUCAGGUAGCUAAAAACAGACAGGCAGGACAACACGGAAGUCAAAACGUGGAAAACGGAGGCAACACGAAAGUGCAUUUAAAUCUGGAACACCGCACCAUAUCAGGAAUAGGCUAAAGCUUUAGAAAUCAACGACAAUCGGGAAUCGAACUCAAAGAAAGUUGAUGAAAGCGUAUUAGUAGGCUACCACAUGCUUUUCUUAGUUUUUAUAUUGUCGGCUAUAGCCUUGCUCGCUAUCGAACAGGCUGCAUAAGUUCACAUUAAGCCUACAAGAGGGGAAAACAUCGCCAAGGACAUGAGAGCUGCUAGCGAAGCCAGAAAUGAAAUGCGCGAGCCUUUCCCAGAUCACAGCAGAGGACUUCAGGAUCGAUACGGGAGUGUGUCUGCUUUAAAUCCCGUUCUCAGUCAUUCAGAGACUCCUGCAAGAACGCUAUCAGGAGAUUCUGGAGAUAUUCAGAUGUACAACGGAGGUGUAUCCCCGGACAGCCAAGAGGAGCUCAGCGUGAAUUCGGUCAACCACCUUUUGAUGGAAUUUCUGCUGUAUUUUGGGAGAGCUUUACUAUUCUUGUACCCCGUCUACCUGACCGGGUACCUUGGGCUUAGCAUCAGCUGGGUUUUGUUGUGCUUGAUGAUAUGGACGUGGUGGCGGAAAAAUCGAAAGUGGAAAAGUCUUCGAAUGGAAUCAGCCAUCGAUUUUUUGGACAAUGAGAGAACUGUGAUCACUAGUGAAUUGAAGGCACUCAACAUGCCAGCCUGGGUGCAUUUCCCAGAUGUUGAAAAGGCUGAUUGGUUGAAUAAGAUCCUGCAGCAGGCCUGGCCUUUCUUUGGUAUGUUCAUGGAGAAGCUCCUGAAGGAGAAGAUACAGCCAUCCAUCCGGGCCUCCAGCCCACACCUCAAGACUUUCACCUUCACCAAGGUCCACUUUGGACAGAAGCCCCUCCGGAUCACUGGGGUGAAAGUGUACACAGAUGAGGUGGACAAGAGAGAGGUGAUCCUGGACCUGAGCCUAAGCUACGUGGGGGACGUGGACAUCAGCACAGAGGUGAAGAAGCCAAUCACCGCUGGAGUCAAGGGCGUACAGCUCUAUGGAAUGCUACGUGUGAUUCUGGAGCCUCUGAUUGGCCAGUCCCCCCUGGUGGGAGGCAUCACCAUGUUCUUCAUUCGUCGACCGAAACUGGAAAUCAACUGGACUGGAAUGACAAACCUGCUAGAUACUCCAGCCCUAAGUCACCUCUCAGAGUCGGCCAUCAUGGACAUCAUUGCUUCCAUCAUGGUGCUGCCCAACCGCAUGUGCAUACCUCUGAUAGACCAGGUGAAGGUGGACCAAAUGAGGUUCCCACUGCCCCGCGGUGUGGUGAGGGUGCACCUUGUGGAAGCACAGGACCUGAUGGCAAAGGACACCUACAUGAUGGGUAUAGUGAAGGGCAAGUCAGACCCCUAUGCCAUCCUGAGGGUGGGCAACAGCCAGUUCCGCAGUAAGACCAUCAAGCAGAACCUAGACCCCCACUGGAAUGAGGUGUAUGAGUUUGUAAUUCACGAGGCCCCUGGGCAGGAGCUGGAGGUAGAAUUGUAUGAUGAGGACACGGACAAGGAUGACUUCCUCGGCAGGAUAAGUCUGGAUUGUGGAGAUGUGAAGAAGGAGCGUGUUUUAGAUAAGUGGUUCACCCUGGAGGAGGCAGACAGCGGCAAAGUGCACCUGAACCUGCAGUGGAUGUCUCUGCAGAAGGACCAGAGCGAGCUGGUAGAGACCCCAGAUGGCCUUGCGUGUGCGAUGCUCGCCGUCUACCUGGACUGCGCCUCCAACCUGCCAAAAGACCACACCGAAUUCAGCCAUAAUGAGAAGACUGGCAAGGCCUCCAAAGAAGCCAGGCUCACAAGGAGAAAUGCCAACCCCAAUUCCUAUGUGGAAUUUUCCAUCGACAAACAGACUCAGAAGAGCAAGGUUGUGUACGCAUCCAAGGAUCCAAUCUGGGAGGAGUGUUUCACGUUCUUCGUACACAGCGUCAUGAACCAGCAGCUGAAUGUUCAGAUUAAGGAGCAUGAAAAGAAGACUCUUUUGGGCACGCUUUCUCUGCCGCUCACACGCCUUCUUCAAGCCUCAGAUCUGACCCUGGAUCAGCGCUUCCUGCUAGAGCGCUCCGGCGCCAACAGCCAGAUCAAGAUGAAGACCACCCUCAGGAUCCUGAAGCUGGAGAAGCCAGAGCCAAAGCCAUUGGUUUCCAAACCACCCCUUCAGACUCGAGCCCAGCCUCAAUCCCAGCCUCAAUUCCAGCCUCAGUCCCAGUCUCAUUCUCAACCUCAAUCCCAGCCUCCACCGCAGCCCCAAAUCCAGCCUCAGCCUCAAGUACAGUCCCAACCCCAUAUAAGGCAACAGGACCGGGGAGUGUCUGAGCUGAGACCCUCCCCAUCCCCCGCUGCUUCCAUUUCCCCCUCCCCCACACCUCAAGCCCAGCCCAGUGAGGCCCUGUCCGUCGAGCCCCCGCAAGCUGCCUCCCAUGGUAGCUCCAUCAAUGGGCUGUAUACAGAAUACCGCUCCCAUGGCCGGGCAUCCCUCCAGCCCAGUGGAUCAUUUGAGAGGAGGUCCCCGGCCCCCGGGACCCCGUCCUUGAGAGACCUCCGGCGGUACGACUCGCACAGCCUGCUCUCUGAGAACUCCAUUGCCUCGUCACGCUUCGACCUGACCGAGGGCUCCCCCUUUCCAGAGGCCAUUAUGAACCACCAGGGGAGUUUUGGGGAGAUACGGCUGACAGUGCGAUAUGCCACCCUUAAGAAUCGUUUAAUCGUUCUUGUUGACUCCUGCAGAAACUUGUUUCCCUGUAGUGAGAAUGGCUCAGAUGCCUAUGUCCGACUCUACCUGCUCCCAGAUCAGUCCUGGAAGCACAGGAUGAGAACACAAGUAAAGAAAAAGACAGUGGAUCCUGUCUUCAAUGAGAAGUUUGAAUUUGCUGUGUCCCUGGAAGAGGCAAAGACCAGGAAGUUGGACGUUUCAGUCAAGAACAACAGAAUGUUCCACACACGGGAACGGAAGGACAUUGGAAUGGUACUGGUUGAUUUAUCUGGACUGGAUCUGGUGAAAGGCUUUACAGAAUGGUACGAGCUGACUAUACCUGGACUGAAGAAAACAAACUAGAAGAAGGAAACGUGUAUGAUAUUCACCAAAGCAAGUCAAGAACUUCAUUCAUGAAUCAGACGCUAAGCCUCAACCUUUUUAACAGCAGUUCUUUGCGAGAGCUGUCCUAUUGAUCUUUCCCUUAGUAAAGGAGAUGCCUUCAACAAAAGAGUGCAGGUGAAGAACAUUAAAGACUGCACAGGGUUUGACACAAGGUGACCUGCAGUUUGCAGUUCAUCCCCAUGAAGGCUGGAAAGUGAAUGACAAGACCAGUUAUAAACGUAAAUAGAUCUCUAUGUGAAUGAGCAAGGAAUGUUCCUUGCUAGGGGUGAAAUCUGAUGUGCUCUCCAGAAUUUCUGUUGAAGUUCAAAGGUCAAAGGUACACCCAAAAAAAAGAAUCACCACACUCCACUCUGCUAUUAAUUAUUUCAUUAGCGAAGCACUCUUUUCAGUCAUUGACAUUUAUAACUAUGGUAAAUCAGAGCUAUAGACUGUAUUUUUACCCUACAUUGAAACAGCAUAGCGGUGAAUGUAUUAAAUGGUUUCACUACAGGGACAAACUAGUGCAGUUUGUUUUAAUGAAAAUGGGAAUAUACUUGUACUUUUAGGAUUUCAGUUUGCAGUCAGGGCUGGAGGCAUUAAAGGGUAGAUUAUCAUAAUUCAGCAAACAACUGGUCUCUCUGCACCUGGAACACUGUCUUUUGGCUAAUUUAAAACAGAUUUGCUUGAUUUAAACUAACAUUCCAUGUGCUUCAGUUGGCAGAAUCAGAAACUUCUUUGUGGGAUGUAGUUUGUAUUGGUUUGAGUGACAUUACUCAAGUUCACAAGACGUAAAGCACAUCUUGUUUCAGAAGGACCUUUUAUCAUUAGCCCCAAAUUGUUUACACUUUCAUAUUUCAAUCAGCAGCAUCAGUCAAGGAAUUCUCAGGUGGGAAAAGAUGUAUUUUUAGUCUCCAGGCCUGAAAUCCCUUUGUUUUGCUGAAUGUCAUUGGCAAAAAAUGCAUUUGUUUCCCUUAAACUGUUUUGUUGAAUGAAUGGUUAGGUUUAUUUAUCAUUUAUGAAAAUGUAUGUGUGUGUGUGAGUGAGUGAGUGAGUGAGUGAGUGAGUG